UUACCAGUGAGGGGCAGAGGAGGAGAUGAGCUCUGGGAAUGUCUGCAGGGAUUUAAAAGGGACUACACAUUUCCCUAGCACAGACGCUGCACUAAGGCCAGCUCCUCUGAGUCUGAGAGAACAGCUUCUCCCCAAUCACACCUCACCUCCAGCAGCUUCUGUGAGGUGCAGGUAUUGCACAGCGAUGCACGGCCAUCAAGUACCACUUUUCUCAGCCAAUCCGCUUACGAAACAUUCCUUUCAAUUUAACCAAGACUAUACAGCAAGAUGAGUGGCACCUGCUUCAUUUAAGAAGAAUCACUGCUGGCUUCCUGGGCAUGGCCGUGGCCGUCCUUCUGUGCGGCUGCAUCGUGGCCAUGGUCAGCUUCUUCUGGGAGGAAAGCCUGACCCAGCACGUGGCUGGGCUCCUGUUUCUCAUGACAGGGAUAUUUUGCACCAUUUCCCUCUGCACUUACGCAGCCAGUAUCUCCUACGAUUUGAACCGGCUCCCUAAGCUCAUUUAUAGCCUGCCUGCUGAUGUGGAACAUGGCUACAGUUGGUCUAUCUUUUGCGCCUGGUGCAGUUUAGGAUUUAUUGUGGCAGCUGGCGGUCUCUGCAUCGCUUAUCCGUUUAUUAGCCGGACCAAGAUUGCACAUCUAAAGUCUGGCAGAGACUCCACGGUAUGACUGUCUGCACUGGGCCUGUCCACAGCGCGGGCGACUCCCACCGGGAGCGGUGCAGAGGGCACGUCCGGAUUCCAAGCACAAAGCGGUCUUUUACAUUCCAACCUGUUGCCUGCCAGCCCUUUCUGGAUGACUGAUAGAAAAUCAUGCAAAACCUCCCAACCUUUCUAAGGAAAAGACUACUGUGGAUUCAAGUGCUUUAAUGACUAUUUAUGCUUUGACUGUGAGAAGUAGGGAGAGGUGCCACGGGACAUUUCUAAGUGUAGAAAAGAGGAACCUGCAAUGGAAAAAUUUGUAUGAUUUCCAUUUAUUUCAGAAAGUUUGUAUAUAACAAUUACCUGAGAGUCAUUUCUAUUUACAAAAGGAUUCGUAACAAAGCGAGUAUAAUUUUCUUGCCAUUGGACCAUGCUUGUUAAAUUUUAAUGCAGCAUCUUCAGAACUUGUCCAAUGAUGUCUUGUUGUGUCAACACCAAAUAUUUGUGCAUUAUCUGUGGAUGUUCCUUGUCACAGGAAGAUUCUUCUUCUGUUGCCUUAUUAUUUUUUUUUUAACUGAAGUCUCUUUUCUGUCUUUAUACCGGAAUCGAACUCAUAAGAAAAACAGAUCAACCGUGUUGAAGAGCUAAUCUGUGACACUAUGCAGUAUUGUUUAAAGAUCUAUCUGUUGUUCAGCCUCUGUCUCUUUAUGUUAACUGGAUUUCUGCAUUAAAUGACUGCCCCCUUGUUAA